UUAAUGAUACAUAGAGAGAAAGGCAAAGCUAUAACAAAUCAAAAUCAUAUAUAUAUAGGUAGAGAGUGUGGUUGGAUGGUCUAUUUGUUGGCUAUAAAUACAUGUAUGCUGAAACAGCUGAAUUCCAUUUUCUGCAACUCUCCUCCUGUUCACAACUACAGCAUAGCCCACAGUGAACUUAGACAAGCAGAUCAAGAAAGAGAGUUCUUGUUUUCACUAUCCUCUAGCUAAUUCCCUUUUUCAUCUUCAUCUUUCCCUUACCAGCUCUCCAUGGCGUUUCCUAAUCAAGAAUCCGAGUCCUCCAAUUCACUGAGGAAAAACGGGAGGGGGAAGAUUGAGAUCAAGAGGAUCGAGAACACGACGAAUCGGCAGGUGACAUUCUGCAAACGCAGGAAUGGGCUGCUCAAGAAGGCCUACGAGUUAUCGGUUCUUUGCGAUGCCGAGGUUGCCCUCAUCGUCUUCUCCAGCCGUGGCAGGCUCUAUGAAUAUGCAAACAACAGUGUUAGGGCAAGUAUUGAAAGGUACAAGAAAGCAAGUGCUGAUUCCACAAAUUCUGUGUCCACAUCUGAAGCAAACACACAGUUCUACCAGCAAGAAGCCAACAAGCUGCGCAGACAAAUACGAGAGAUACAAACCUCAAACAGACAAAUUCUUGGAGAGGGUGUUGGGAGUAUGACAUUGAAGGAUCUGAAGAGCAUGGAAGGCAAAAUCGAGAAAGCCAUCAGCAGAAUCCGUUCCAAGAAAAACGAGUUGUUGUUUGCUGAGAUAGAGCUCAUGCAGAAGAGGGAGUUAGAGCUGCACAAUGCCAACAUGUUUCUACGAGCAAAGAUAGCUGAGAAUGAGAGAGCACAACAGCAAAUGAACUUGAUGCCUGCAGGGUCAUCAGAUGAUCACCAUCAGUACCAGCCCAUGACUUCAUCACAUGAGGCGGCCUACGAUCUUCGGAACUUCCUCCCGAUGAACCUCAUGGAACCUAAUCACCACUACCCUCGCCACGACCAAACGCCUCUCCAGCUUGUCUGAUAAAGGUAAAAGUCGGACGACUUCAACGUUGUUAUUCGGGCAAGAAAUCUUGCUGAUCAUGAUGAUCAGUUGUCUGUCAAUGUAUCUUAAAACUUUUGUGAACUUCACAAGUUGUCUAAAUUAAAGCUAACUACUUACUACUUAGUUUGACUUAAUUUGUGGGCAACUACUCGUCUUUCUCUAUGCAGAAUCCUUUGCAAUAUUGCAGUUUAUGGUCCUAACAUA